AUGAAGUCCUUCGUCGCCACCCUAGCGCUUGCCGUAAUCGUCAUCAGCACCACCAUGGUCUCCGCAUCGACCAUGGAGCAGCCCAACGUGCCUGACAUUGUUCGCCGACACAGCCACCAUCGUCGGGCUCACAACAAAAGCUGCUCUUCCAAGCACAAGCCCAAGAAGGUCGAAAGCCAUCUUAAGGUCCCCAAGGCCAACUCUCACUCCAAGGCCAACGCUCACUCCAAGGCCAACUCCCACUCCAAGUCCAACUCCUCAUCUGAGUCUAGCUCUCAGUCUGAUGAUUCGUCAUCAUCCUCAUCCUCAUCCUCAUCCUCGUCGUCAUCUUCGAGCAGCAGUUCCCCCAACGGUCUUUCCUCAAAGAACAAAAUGGGUCUUUGCUGGGCAAACUCCAACGGCAUGCCCAUCAACAACUUUGAUUUUGGUUCUGUCUCCUGGUUCUACUCUUGGGACUCGGUUCCCGGAUGGGACGAUGCUCCGGUUGACAAGCUAAUGUACUGUCCCAUGCUCUGGGGCUGGAAGAAUGCCGAGUCUUUCAAGAAUAACGUCAACGACAAUCUCACUUCCAAGUUCAACCAGCACAAGUGCGCCAUGGCUAUGAACGAGGUCAACCAGAAAGGCCAGUCCGCCAUGAGCCCUCAGGACGGUUGCAAGCUCAUCGAAGAAUACCUCCUGCCUCUCAAGCAGAAGGGCUGGUACCUUAUGGGUCCUUCCACUACCAACGCUCCCGAUGGCAAGGUUUGGUAUCAGAACUUCAAAAAGGCUUGCCCCGACACGUUCAACAAGCUCGACUCAAUCGCGAUUCACUACUACGGCACUUCGAGCGAUGAUUUCAAGCAGUACCUCCAGGACUGGCAUCAGACUUUCGGCAAGGAUAUCUGGGUUACUGAAGUCGCCUGCCAGGACUUUUCAGGCAAAAACAACCAGUGUAGCAAGGAGGAGAGCACUGCUUUUGCUAAUGGCAUCGCCACCUUCAUGAACGCGCAAGAUUGGGUCAAGGGCUUCGCUCCAUUCGCCGUCAUCCAGAACUUGCAGGGAGUCUCGGAAACACAGAGGUUGAGCAAUGGAAACAACCCUACUCAGCUCUUCCGCACCUACGCUUACGCUAACUAA